AUGAAUUCGGUGGCCAGCUCCGCCAUGUAUGGCCUGCUGCCCAGCGUCUGCGUGGGCAUUGCCGUAGCGCUCCUCACAGCGCAGGCUCAGCUGAUGCGGCUGCACGUGUUGAAGUACCACGUGUCGCGGCGCUCCGUGCGCACCAACCUUCAGCGCAGCCAGAAAGAGCGGGAGACCUGGGCGAGCGAAGUGUCCUUCGCAGGCCCUUGA